UCUCAGCCAAAAACCCUAGGGGCAACAACGCAUUCCCUCUCUCUCUCUCCCACAUCCAAAAACCGUAGAUGCAGCAAUGGCAUCAAGAGAUCUCACCACAUUUUACUCGAAGCUUUUCUCUCGAAUGCCUGUUCGUUCCCCCCGCACCUUAUCUCCUCCAAUCUCCAGAUCAGAUAUUCCAACUAACAAUUCAGAUUCGGAGUCGCGCUCCAAACAACUUCCUCACGCCGAAGGUAAGAAAAACAGAGCAUUCAAUCGAUUUCUGAAAGAAGGGUCAGAAUUCCCCUGCAAUAUGAUGAAGCAAGGGCUGAAGCUGUGGUUUGCAGUCAACUCUCUCCACGCCAAGGCAGCGGAAGAGGUGGAUGAUGAUCCUCUGUCCGCGGAGGAGUACCCAAGAAGUUACUACGGCAAUAUCGAUCGCCCUCGGAGUCGCUACAAGAUGGGAGAGAUCGUGGUUCUUAAGAACAUGAAGCUGCAAAUGAUGAUGAGGAACACUUGUGACAGCCGACGAUGGUUUACAAGUCGUAUUGAUGCAAUUAGUGUUGCGACCAAUGUUGAGAGUAAUGCCUUUUCUACCAACAAGGCUGGUGAUGCAAUUAACGGUGAGGGCCCAGGAAUCCUUCAUCGGAUGGCGCGUGCCGUUUACAUCAAGAAAGGAAAGUUUGCAAACAUCGACAAUUUAAUCGAAAGCGUAGUAUCUCUUAUCAAAAAGGAAGGAAAGUUUCAAUACUCCCUCAGUUUUGUCGAGGAAAUUAGUAGAUACCAACAUAGAUUUUUUGAAAAGAAGCACCACAUAAAAUUAGAAAAUUAUGGGUUGUACAAAAAAGGUAACAUUGAUUGGCAUGUGGCUGGGGUUUCCAAGUCGAGAUAUAUGUCGAUAGAAGACUUCAUGAAGUGGGUGUCCUGGAUUCCUAGAAUGUAUGACAAAAGGAUUUAUAAUUACAUGUUUAAGCAGCAAAUGUAUGUUUUGGAGAGUUUGCGGAUGACUCUACUAAGAAAGGAUAUAGGCAACUGUGUUUGGCGUCCACCACUCAUGGGAUGGUACAAAUUAAAUGUUUAUGGGUUUUUUAAGGAAAAUCUUGGUGGGACCAAAGAAGCUUCUUGUGGAGUAGUAUGGAGAGAUUUUAGGGGAAGGAUUGUGAAAAUUUUCCAUAAGCCACUUCCUGAUGCGACAUCUAGAGAGGAAGUUCUCUUACUUGGAGUGCAUUAUGGUUUAGAUAAAACUCUCCAAAGAAGAUCGGGAGCAAAGAAAAUAGUAUUGGAGAUUGACCAUAAAAGAAUUUUCAACGUGCUAAACUGUGAUAAGCCUAAACCACUGGAAUGUUCACUGGAAUGUUCAGAACUUUACGACAAAACUUUGGAUAUGUUGGUAAAAUUUGAGGGAUGUGACAUAUGGUUUUCACAUGGAAAUGCUGUGGCUAAUAGAGUUGCGUAUAUAGCUUCGCAUUUGACCGUGGGACAGAGUUUUCCGAUAGGAGACAAAGGUUUUAAGACACUAGUCAGGUGUGAUCGAUUGAGAAUUCCACGACAUGGGAUCUUCCUGAAAGAAAGUAUGGAAAUUGACGAUUCGUCAUCGGACGAAUCGUCGGAUGACGAACCCGAACCGUAUUUCUUCAGUGACUAUCAUCAUAUAUAAAUGUAUUUUAAAUUCCUAAAAAGAAAAAGUUAUUAGCUUGAUAUUGUGUUGUUCCCCUGGCACUAAAAACGAAAAUAAAAAUAUAGGAAAAUUGAGAUGGGCUCUAUUUCAUCUGUAUCAAAAUAAUCCUAGUUUGUGUUUUCUAUAUAUUGUAGACUCUAAAUCAUGACAAUCACACUUAUUUAUGCUCCUAUUUCUAUGUAAGCCUUUUUUUUACUUCUACAAA